AUGGCGAGAUUGAAAAUAUCGAGACUUCACAACGAGAUUUACGGUGAACGACGCCGAUUCAUUACAGGAUACGGAUUGGGUUUUGAUCGGAGUAGGGUAGCGGUCAUUUUGAGGGUAGCAGGGCAGACUGGGGUGGCCGGACGGCUACGGAUUGAGACGGUAAAGAGGCGGCAGGGAGAAGGAAUUUGGAGGUUAGGGAUUAUGAUUUGGGUUGACAUUUUUUGGGUUGCUCUAUUGGGAGGAUCAAUGGCCUUUUAUAGGCCUCAGACGCCGUUCGUAAUGAUGAAGCUCUGGUAUGUGGAAAAUGGUUCACUUGCAAACAUUAUCAAGCCAAAUAAAUUUUGGUCGUUUCCAGAAUCUUUGGUGGUCGUUUAUAUUUCUCAGGUUUUGGAAGGUUUGGUUUAUCAACAUGAACAAGGUGUUAUCCAUUGGGAUAUUAAAGGUGCUAAUAUUCUGACGACUAAAGAGGAUCUGGUGAAACUUGCAGAUUUUGGUGUUGCAACGAAACUAAAUGAGGUUGAUGUUAACACACACUCAGUUGUUGGAACACCAUAUUGGAUGGCCCCAGAGGAACUGAUAAUUGGAAUGUGGCUAUUAAUUGUGAUUGAAAUGUCAGGGGUUUGUGCAGCUUCUGACAUUUGGAGUGUUGGUUGUAUUGUAUUUUUCUAG